GAAGCAAAGCGGGAAACUUGUAUUGGCGGUGGUGAGACGUUGCCUUCUCAUGGCUCGUAAUUCUGGUUGGGUUUGCUCUUACUACUUACAGGGCAACUGCCGUUUCGGUGAUAGAUGCUGGUAUGAGCAUCCACGUGGUGGCAGAGCCAGCCAGGCCUUUGGUCAAAACUCAGACUCUAACAGAAGAGGAACUCGGGGUAGACCGCAUCAUUAUUCUGCUAGUUUGCAGGCAUCUAAUUAUUCAAAAUCUUCUACGUGGAAAAGCAACAAAGAUCCCAGAUCCUCAAAUUUUUCUCAGAAUAGAUUUACUGCAUUAGAUUCAAGUGAACAUGUGAAUAAGGAUAUUCAACCUGAAGAAGAAAAUCUUCAUGAAAUAAUAAUGAAAGACAUGGAGAUUUGGGAAUCUUCUGGACAAUGGAUGUUUUCUUCCUAUUCACCAGUGAAAGAAAAACCUAAUAUUUCAGGUUUCUCUGACUUUCUGCAAGAAGAGUUGCGUCUUGCGUAUUAUAACUGUAAAGCAAACAAUAACACACAAGCUUAUGUCAAUUCAGUCCAGCAACUAGCUACUCGGUGGAAAGGUAGAUUGAAUGAAUUGAAGAAUGCAACUCCCUCUACUAAAACUGCAACAGUCACUGAAUUGAAGAAUGUGACUAAUCACCGAUCUCCUCCAUUUGGGUUUGGAAGAGAGCGGAUGCCGCCACCUAGAACAUCAAACUUUCCUACGGAUACACGGAAUACUGGUCAAGCCUUUUCUUUCAAAUCUUCUGAACCUGCUGCUGUCUCAUCUGGAAACCUUCCUAAUGUCCAAGGUGCUGUACUUUCUUCAGUUGCUCCUCCUACAGUUGGCUAUAAUAAUAUGCCAGAUUCUUCAGCAGGAUCCUUUUCAUUUAAUAUGGCUACAACACCAGAUGAAAUUGGAACAUCUAGAUUUUCAGGAUUUGGAAAACCCUUUUCUGCAAAUUUUUCACCAGACACCACACCUGCUACAGCAUUUGGAAAAGCAAUUGUACCUCCUGCUUUCAGUUCUAUAUAUACACUCUUUGGAGAAUCGACACCUUUUCUUACAAGUAAUAUUGCAGUGAAAUCCCCAGCAAUUCCAUCCUUUGGCUCUACAGAAGAAUUAUUUACUUCCCGGCUCCAACUGUCUACAGAAGAACUAAAACAGUUCAGCGCUAAAAAAUUCAGUUUGGGAAAUGUCCCAUUAAGACCGCCACCCAUGGAAUUUCUUAAUAUGUAGCACACGUUCUACAGAUGCUCUUUCUAUUUGUUUUUCUACAUUUGUUAACAUAUGUACUACGACCAAAUCCUUGGACUAAGUUUAAUUUUCUUUAUGGGUCACCAACAAUGCUUCAGAAUUAUUGGAUUCAUUUCUACUAAAGAAUAUUCUUGAUUUAUUAAUACCAAAAUGGAAAUUUUUAGUUUGAAAACAAAACGUUAUGUUGAAAAUAAUGGUUAUUCAGCACUCAUUCUUGGAACACUAAAAGUCUGAAUAUAAACUUGGUAAUAAGCCUUAGGUACUGUAUUUUCUUUGGCUGCUGCCUAUGCAGUUGGCUUUAAUAAUCUGCCAGAUUCAUUAGCAGGUUUCUUUUCAUUUAAUGGUACAUCUGAUGUGGCUUCAACAUCAGAUGGAAUUGAAGCACCUGGGUUUUCUGGAUUCGAAAAACCUUUUUUGUGCUGCCUAGAUUAUAUAAUAUUAGGCUUAUUACUGUUCUUUAUGAUAUAGCCAUAUGAGGAUAAAUGAUAAAUUUGCAGAGGAUUAGUAAGGCAACUCCAUUCAAUGCAAAAGAAGAACAAUAAAA